AUGUUUUGUAAGAGAAUUCAAUAAUAUUAAUAUUGCUUUUUAUAAUCAUAAUACUAAACAUUUUAAGACUUGAAUAGAUUAUUGAAAGAUGGUUCAAAUUUCAUAUUUAUUAAUUUGGAAUUUCAUGAGGAUUAAAAACUAUUGUUGGUUAGAUUGGUCUUUAUUAGUAAUAGAUAACUUCGAGAAAAGGGAAUUGAAAAUUUUGCUAAUUUUGGCAGAUAAAUUUAUAGUAGAAUUUUGCAAUUUAAUAAUGUUAUAUAUAUAUUAUAAAUAUUUUGGCAUCUGUAUACUAUAAUUGUCUAAUCUGCAGAACAAAGAAAAGCACUUGCAAUCCAAUUAUUGUAAUAUGUUAAAGAGAUUUUAUAAAAGAUUAUUUAUGAUGAAAAGGACUGGUAUGAAGAAGGUGAUUUACUUUUGUCUUUGUAAUAGGAAUAAUUAAAAUAAAAAAGUAGUCAGGCAAUAAAUCUCUUGCAUAUAUCAAUCGGUACUAAUUUUAAAUAAUUUAGGGAAAUAAUUGAGCUUAAACACAAAAAAAUAAUUAAAAAAAUCAUAUUUAGUAGAGAUUUAAGAUAUAAAUAUUUAUAUUUAAAGUUCAGAUCCAUUACGAUUCUUUAAGAAGAGGCUCAAAAAUGCUUCUAAACCAAUUUGA